AUGACGCAAAUACACCGAAAAUGCAGCCCCCUGCGGACGCUCGUAGCCCUCCUAUGUCUCUCCAGCCGGGCGGUCGCCGACGACGACGACCCGACGUCGAGCCCGAGCCAGGUGUCGACGGCCUUCACGGACGCGGCGACGGGGAUCAAGAUGGAGCGGUUCUUCGGGGCGCGGACGACGUUCGGGUUCGGGCUGGCGCUGCCGGCGACGCCGGGCAACUCGUUCAUCGGGCAGCUGUCGUUCCCGCUGGCGGACGGGGCGGGGUGGGGGGCGCUGGGGCUGACGGGCGAGAUGGAGAACAACUUCUUCCUGGCGACGUGGCCGGACGGGCGGGGCGGCGUCAUGGCGUCGUUCCGCCAGGGCACCGACGAGGACGACCCGCCCGAGGUCCGGGGCGGCUUCGCGGUGCGCACCAUCCCCGACGCCACCAGCGUCAACGCGACCUUCCUCACCCACACCUUCCUCUGCGAGGGCUGCCUCGACGCCGCGCUCGGCCUCGGCCCCGAGUCCGCCGGCGGCAACGCCGUCAUGGGCUGGGCCCUGUCCGCCCGCGCCGUCCGCAACCCGGCCAGCGCCGGCGCCCGCCUCGGCUUCCACGAGCGCGGCUUCGGCCCCUUCACCAUGCGCCUCGCCCAGGCGCGGUUCGCCGAGUUCGACGGCUGGGCCGCGCUCGCCAACGCGUCGAUCCCCGGGUCGGCGCGGGCCAUCCCCGUCUCCCUCAACGUGGCGCAGAACGGCGACGGUGAUGAUGGGGACGAUUCUGGCGACGAUUCCGACGACGACGACGACGACUGA